ACUUGUUUCUCUCUCACUCAGUACUCUCUUUGGUUUCUUGAAUUUCCUUGAGAAUAGUUCAAAUUGAUUUGGCUUAAAUGGACUUCUUGUGGUUCUCACUCACCCAACUCUUCCAGGAUUUGGUUUUGACCAGACCACAACUCCACGAAAUUUUUGGCGAGGACAACUGUCACACUUGAAUUGAAAUCCAAAAUAAUCUGAAAUAAUGCUCUGUUUAAUCAAACAUCGCUAGAAUGGUUGAAAUUGCUUGUCAAAAACUCUAUUGUUAAUCUUCUUUGCCAGUUUAACUACAGAAAUUUCAGUUCAUUGAAUUUCUUAAUUGUUAGUAUUUGAUCUUUUUUGUCCAUUUUAUUCAACAAUGGUGGCUGAAAGAAGAUUUUUUUCAACGAAAAUGGUAACUAAAACUGUGGAUCUCCGGUCGGAUACAGUCACCAAACCAACAGAAUCCAUGAGGACUGCUAUGGCCAACGCUGAAGUUGAUGAUGAUGUGUUGACCUAUGAUCCAACCGCCUUCCGCCUGGAAAGUGAAAUGGCAAAAGUUAUGGGCAAGGAAGCUGCUCUAUUCGUUCCAUCGGGCACAAUGGGUAACCUCAUUAGUGUGCUUGUUCAUUGUGAGAUAAGGGGAAGUGAAGUCAUUCUUGGAGACAAUUCUCAUAUACAUAUUUAUGAGAAUGGAGGCAUUUCAACAAUUGGGGGUGUGCAUCCAAGGACGGUAAAGAACAACAAAGAUGGAACGAUGGAUAUUAAUUUGAUUGAAGCUGCCAUCAGAGAUCCAAAAGAGGAGCUGGUGUACCCAACUACUAGGCUGAUCUGUUUGGAGAAUACACAAGCAAAUUGUGGCGGCAAGUGCCUUUCUGUAGAAUACACUGACAGAGUUGGGGAGUUAGCAAAACAGCAUGGUCUAAAGCUUCACAUUGAUGGAGCUCGAAUUUUCAAUGCUGCAGUUGCACUACGUGUACCUGUUCAUAGGCUUGUGCAAGCUGCUGAUUCAGUUUCGGUAUGCCUAUCAAAAGGUCUGGGCGCUCCAGUUGGUUCUGUUAUUGUUGGUUCCAAAAGCUUCAUUGAUAAGGCUAGAAGGCUGAGGAAAACCUUGGGUGGCGGGAUGAGACAGAUUGGCAUCCUUUGUGCUGCGGCCUUGGUUGCUUUACAAGAGAAUGUUGGAAAGCUUGAGUCUGAUCACAAGAAAGCCAAAAUAUUAGCAGAGGGAUUGAAUCAAAUCAAGGGUUUAGGGGUAGAUGUUGAUUCAGUGGAGACAAAUAUUUUUUAUUUUGACAUAGAGAACAGCUCAAAAAUCAAAGGAGACCAUCUAUGCAAGAACUUGGAAGAACAUGGUGUACUCAUAAUGCCAGAGAGCUCAUCGAGAAUCCGAAUUGUUCUCCACCAUCAGAUUUCUGCUAGUGACUUGCAGUACACCUUGUCAUGCUUUCAGAAGGUUUUGAGUGGAGCACAGGAAGAAAAUGGGAAUUAAUGGGAGAAAAUUGCAAUGUUUCACUCCUAAAAAUGUGGUUCAUCCGUUUUAAGAGCUUCGUUAAAAUGUUUGUUCUGAUAUAUUAAAUUCAAUAAAACUAUGUAUACAUAUUUUUAAUA